AUUUUUGAAAAUUUAUUUGGGCGUUAAUCAAUCAUAGCUAUAAAAGUCAUUAUAAAGAAAAGAAAAAACAAAAACACAAAAAAAAUAAAAAAAAUGUGUUUGCAAAUUUAAACUUAAAUAUUUAAACAAAAUUAUUUUUUUUUAAGUAAAAAAAAAAAAACAAACAACCAUAUCCGUUUCGCAGCAAAAAUAAAGUGUUUUUGUUUUAAUUUUACUUUUAAAAACCGUUGCCUGUCUCUCGCUUUGCAGUUGAGCAGAAAAAGCUGAGAAGAAGAAAAAGAAGUAGAAAAUAUAUACGGGCUUUCAUAACCGCUGUAAUUUGAUCACAUUACAAAAUCAUUCAUAAUUAUAACAAUUGUAGCUACUGUUGUUAAAAACAAAAAAAAAGCAAAACAAAACAAAACCUGAUACAAUACCAUUAAAAAAAAAAAAAAACAUAACAAAACUCAACGACAUUUAAACCUCUACGACAACCAACCAUCAGAGACUUGACAUAUCGACAUCAAGAAAUUCCGGCAAAAUGGGUUUCAUGAAACAUCUUUACUGUCUACUGUGGCUGUUUGGAAUAUUCUGUUUAAUUCAAAAUUCAGUUGCACAAAGUAAACGCUCAUCACGCAUUACCAGCUCACGCACUAGCUUUGGCACCAAUGUCAAAAGCUCUUCGUCCAGCUCAUCCUCAUCCAAUGGGGUCAAUUUCGAUUGUCCCGAAGAAUUUGGUUACUAUCCCCAUCCCACAGAUUGCACUCAGUACUAUGUGUGCGUUUUUGGUGGAGCUUUACUUGAAAGCUGCACUGGUGGCUUGAUGUACUCACAUGAGCUGCAAACCUGUGAUUGGCCUCGCAAUGUGGGCUGUGAAGUGGUCGAUAGUGGAGAUCGUGAUGUUCUGGUCAGCAGUAAGCAGCAAGUUCAACAACAGCAGCAACAACAUGUGCCCAGUCGCAUAAGAUUUGGUUCAUCCUUUACCAGUCCCCAGGCACAGAGUCAACAGCAGCCACAACAACAACAACAACAUGUUGUAAAGGCUACAGUACCGCCACAGUAUCAUCGUCAGCCACCUCAAGUGAUACAGGCUCAGGUGCAGACCUUACCCUCACCAUCUCAGUUGAAGGUCUCCUCCAAUCCUGUGCACUCGUCCAGAGGUCAGCCGAAACAUUUACUAGAGGCUCAAGAGGAAAUCGCUAAGCUUUAUGCCGAUGCCCAUGAUAGCCUACCCCCAGUGGAAGAAGAAGAAUCUGAUCGUCAGCAACGUGUCUAUCGCGGCCAACCAAGCACUGUGAGUCAAGUGCAAAAGGAUCGCGAUGGUAUUUUGCAUCAGGCCAGCAUUAAUGCUAUACCCAGUAAUGACAAAUACAGCUCCUAUAGUUUUGGCACCCAAUACAGGACUUAUGACUUAGACCUUGACUGGCUUAACAAUGUACUGGAACAAGCCGAACAUGAUGACUAUACGCAUGUGGUAGACCCCAAAGAUCUUGACCUCAAUGUUCACCACCGACGUACCAAACGUGCUACCGAUGUACAAACUGAGCAACGCACAUCACACAAUGUAGGUGCAGCCCAAGAGCCAAACUCCAAAGUGAUGGAGCAAAUUGUCAGAGAGGAAGGAAAGGAAACGGAAAAUACAAAAUUCUCUGCAAAGUUUUCCUCGCCUACUGAGGAGCAGGAAACUUUAAAGGAAAUUGAUUUGUUGGUGGAGGAGUUGUAUGGUGCGGAAUAUAAAACAAAAUCAACAGAUGCUUUAAUGGAUUUGGUGACCACCAAGGUGGCCCAAGAUAUGGAAAAUAACAAAAAGCUAUUGGAACAAAAAGAAAAAGAGGCUAAAUUGGUAAAUUUGGAAAAUUCAUCAACAGAAAUAUCGCAGAGUAUACCCUUGGAUGCUGCAGCCUUGGAGGCAUUUGCCAAAUAUGAGAAGCUGAAGAAGGAUAUGGAAGAAAUUUCAGAAAACACCCGUAAAGCUGAGUUAGAAAGCUCCAGCACCGAGGCCUUUACCACAUCAUCUUCCCAUAGUCCAACUACUACGGAAACUUCCAGCACUGAAAUUCAGCCUAGACUAGACUCUGAAAUGGCCAUAGAGGAGACAGCAAGUGUUACCCCUGGGUCUGCACUAAGCGAUGGUGAAAUUCGUACUGAAGUUAUUAUCCGUACCCCCGAGGAAGAGGAAAUGGAGUAUGUGGAUACCAAUGACAAUGCCGUGGCUGAGUCUGGCGUGCGUACCAUACGUCAGUUGAGACCUUAUCAAUCGCCACGCCCAAGAUCUAGGGCUCACUGGUCAAAUGCAGCUCCACAAACUUUGCCUCACAAUUAUCGUUCUAUUGAUGCCAAUCCCUAUCAGCAGCAACCACAUUAUCAACACCAGGCCUUGGCUGGUGGAGCUUAUUCUUUAGGUGUCGUUAAUCCCUAUCUAUCACCACCUUCAACACCCAGCUAUGCUCCCUUGAACUCUUUAAACUCCUUGAACCCAGCCUACAAGCCCAACUAUCAAGUCUUAGGCCAACAAUCACAAAGCUACAAACAAAAACCCAAGGUGGUAUAUACAGGCUAUAAUUUGUCUUUACCUCCUCCACCACCUUCACCGCAUUCCUCUUCUUCAGCCUUAAAAGGAAGUCAUACAGAAAACGAGUUUCGCCCCAUAAUGGGUAAUUAUUAUAGCACUUCAGCAACCUCCAGCCCCAGCACCACGGCGAGGCCCUUGAAUUAUUUAGGCCAACCCGAUUUAUUGCCCUACAUUCUACAAUCUCUCAAAGAGCUUAAGGAGCAACGUAAGAAAUUACAAAGCAUGAAUUUCAGCUACUUCCAUUUGGAUAAUCAGCCUUUGAAUGAGAGAACCACCCAGCCACCAACAUUCAGCGAUUAUAAAACUUCCACGCUCAAAGUAACACCCAACUCUCAUUUCUCCCAAAUCAGCACUGUGGGGGGUUUUUACAACAACAAACACUUACCCUCUUCGCAGCCCCCUCAACAGAGCUAUCAAACCAAGUUUCCCCCAGCCAGCAACUAUGGCACUGAGCAAGGAUUUAGCACUGAGAGCAACUAUUUCCAAUACAAUCUGCUGGCCAAUCAAAAGAUGAAGAAUUUCUAUAGCACUUUGAAGCCACAGACGAACUACGAAAUCUCCACCUUGGCCCCUGUCACCUCAAAUAUCAAUGUGAUAAAUCCUCCCAAAUUGGGGCAAUUUCCAGGCUUUGAUCAGUUUGUAACGGGCAUUACAUAUGCCAAUAGCUCAUCAUCAUCAUCCCAGCCGGAAUCAUAUCAAACCUUCAGCAAUCCCUUGACGCCAACUACUGUCACUCCACUCAGUAUAACUUCGAGCUUAAAGCCUCCCAUCAAAUUGCAAUUCAAUUUGCCGGAAUUUAUUUCAAAUCUACAAACCCAAGAUAUGGCCCACCUAAAUCCUGCCGUGGUAGAUAUGCUGAAAUAUGUCAAAGAAGUUCAUAGGGAUAGGCCAACUUCAAUACCUACGACAUAUAAACCGACAGUAACUCCCCAAUUUAUUACCAGCACCACUGGCAAGCGGCCCAUAAAGGGUUAUGAAUCCUAUUUGAAUAGCUUGAAAAGCUCUACCGUCAGCAGCAGCCACAGUAGUACCACAGAGUACUAUGACGAGGAGUAUGAAGAAGAGGAGGAAGAUGAAAGUGAAACUGAUGUUCAACCACCGCCAAAAAUGCCAGCCUAUGUACCCAUGACCGAGACCAUGGCUCCGCCUAGGCAACAAAUGUUGCUGCCCUCAAAACCCACAGAAAAUCCUUUGAAAUCAGCCACUCUAUAUGAUACUGGUUUCAUGCAGGCCACCACCACACGGCGGCCCUUCUUUGGAAAUUUCUAUCAACAUCCCACACAAAUUCAGGCCAAUCAAAUACCAGCUUUUAUAAACUUCCCCAGCGAUUAUUUCCAGGAGAUCAAGGAAAAGUUACCAGGCCUUAAGACACAAUACAAUUCUGAUGUUCCUUCCUCCAUGCACAGCAACAGCAAACCGGCAACAAGCUCAACCUCGACCAGCACAUCGACAACGACCUCGACAACUACCACCACUACUACUACCCCCAGACCUAUAAUCUCAACCACCACCAUGACUAUACCAAAAAUGCGCUAUACCAUACGACCAAAUCGUAAUCGCGGACAAAAUAAAUGGAAUACCAACAUAAACACCACCGUUAGUAGUAACAGCAAAAGUGCCCCCAACACAUUGAACUUAGACAUUAAGGAAAGACCCCUAGGUAUUAGAAAACGUCCCCUACAAUUGGCCUCUUCUAGUAUGGCCUUAAAUGGCGGAAUCGGCAGCAAUCAUUUGAAUACCAAUCUCAAGGACUUGAACGCACCCAACAGAUUUUUUGUUUUUAAUUGCUGUGAAUAUGUUACUGGAUUUAUGUACCGAGAUGUACCCCCGCCCCAAAAACAAACUCCAACUAUCGAACAAGAUAAUGCCUACGACCAACCCACCAGACCGCCAUCAAGGAACGAACAAGUGGCGAUUAAGACAUUGGGUAGCAAUCGCGGCGGCAGUGGUGCCUCAUCCACGGUGCGGACGGUGUUAAUCAAUGAUGAGCGCAACUAUUACAGUACCUUGACCACACCUAGGCCACCACAGAUAGAAGCUCCUGGCAAUGAUGAUGAAUAUGUCUAUGAGACGGAAUAUGUUGAUGGGCCCGAUUAUUAUUACAGCGAAAAGGCAGCCCCUCCAGCGGCGCCAACAGCUGCACCAACCUAUGCCCCAUUGGUGAAGAUAAAUAAUAAUGGCAAUUAUAAAGAAGACAAGCUUCAUUCGAAUGCACCACCACAAAUCAAUGAUCAUGAGGGAGUGCAUCAAAACACGAUAAACAACUUAAGGCCCGAGGUAACAUUGGCCACCACUAGAAGUACAGCUCCCAGUACCACAGUACGUAGCCCAUUAACAAGCAGUACAGUAGCAACGACAACGUCCACUACUACAUCCACAACUACGAUUAGGACCACAGCAAGCUCGACUAUAGCCACCACCAAUCCAACGACCACCACAACACCCAGGCCUACGACCCCAUUAAGUAAAACUACAAGUCCAUACACCUCAUCCACCACGACCACCACCACAACAAAAUCAAGAUCCAAAACGCAUGUCAAUCAAAAAUUACAGCUCCAACAACAUGAACCACCACAGCAACAACCAGAACAAGAACAACAAAAGUCACAAUUGUAUCCAAAACAUAAUAGUAGGCCGGAGAGCAAACAUGUUAGGCCGUUGAGUGCGCAGAGCUCAACAUCCACCACUACCACCACCACCACAUCCUCUACCCCUCGUCCCAAAACAUUUCCCAUAACCUCUCCCCUGCCCACAGGCCCUGAAACCUCCUACCAUAACUCUGUCCCCCAAAAACUCUCACAAACAAAUUUCCCCCACGAUGUAGAAACCGUUUAUGGAGAAAGUCAAAAUGUCCAUGUACAAAGUGCUGCACCGCCUAAAAACUAUGACACCCAACGUGGUGAAUAUCAAGCCUUGAACUAUGCCACAAGGUCACAAAGCAAUGACAAAAACUCUGCCAACAAUGAGUUUCGAGCCAAAAGCUAUGACAUCUAUGGCGGUGGAGUGAAAAGUAAUGAAUUCGUAGAUGAGAAUUCCAAAAAUGGUGCCAAUAAAAAACAUAUCAAAAGUUUUGUUAUAUCCGAUUUGUCACCGCAAAGCUUUAAGGCCAAACCCACCGACGAGGUGAAUAAGGAAAAUCGCAAAACGGAAGAGCCAAAGGAAGUUCUAAAAGGUGCUAGUUCCAGUACAACGACCACAACAACCAGAUAUCCAAGCUUAAAUGCAGCAAAUGCUGCUCCACAGCCCAAACCAUUCGAAUAUAAACUGCAGACGGGUGCCAAUGGUUUCACACUCAGAGCCCAGCAUAUAGAGUUUCCAGUGGAGUCAUAUACGCCAUUGUUUGAAAGGAAACCUGUGACACAGUAUUUCACCACACCUCAUCCCAGCACCCUAAGUAGCAGCAGUCCAUUUACAACAACAAGCUCAACUACAGAGUUACCCACUACCAGGCCAACGUCAACGAGUACAAGUACAACCACGACCACCACCACCACAACGCAAAGAACUACUCCCAAAUCAGUGGAGAAUAAAAUUUUGCAAGCUACCUAUAACGAAGAGGAAAUUGAGGUCACCACAUAUGCGCCACCCUUGAGAACAUGGCGUCAUGGAAGACCUACUAUACAAAGUACAACAUCAACAACUACUUUAACACCCUAUAGGCAACCAUUUAGUGACUACACAUACCGAGGACAAACGGAGUCAAGUAAAUUGCAAUCGCUGGCCAAUGAAUAUUUGCCACGUUCGACCUCAAGUAGUACCAGCACCAGCACUACUUCAACCACAACCACUACAACGACAACUCCCAAGAGUACCACCAGCACCACAACGCCAAGGCCCACAACAACCUCCACCACCACCACCACAACUACCACCACACCGGCUCCUACAACCACUUCGGCUGCCACACCUUCUUCUUCGUCUUCCACCGCUUGGGCUGUCCAGACUUACACUUCGCGGGCUUCCACCUUCAAGGAUAGCCUACAAAAAACCACCAUUGCCACAAAUAUACGCUAUGUCUCUCCUUACAAAAGUCUAGAGGUCAUACUGCAGAAAGAUGAAAAAUCUGCCUAUACAAAUGUGAGACCUUCGAGUAAAACGAAAUUCUCAACACCCAGUUCAACGGUGCAUCCAUUUUUGCAAACUACCGCCAAACCCUUAAGAAGUUAUUUCUUGAUAACCUCACCUCCACGUAACCUCAAUGAGUCCUUGUUUGCCACCAUGGCUUCAAAUAUCAGAAAUUUCAGCGUAAGUGAUGCCAUAAUAGGAAGUCCAGGGGGCUCGUCAAAUAGUCGCAGGCCCUCAGUCACAACAACAGAGGUGCUCUCUACCAGCACCACCACCACAGAGAGAACCACACCCACCACAAUGUCCACAUUAAUAUCAACCUCACCUCUAAGGUUUGGUGCGGACAAACCAAGAUCUCGAGGUCGCUCUCGCUAUACGGUGGCCACAGCCAACAAUUUGCUGGAUGUGGAUGAAGCUCCAACUACCUAUUCGCCCAGAAAUCGUUUCAGGCCCUCGAAUUUUGAAAAUGAAGCCACCACAAGUUCACCGGCCACCACAGGCUAUGCGGGUAGAAGAAAACUCCAAAGAGCAAGAGUAACUGCAUUUAAAAGUCAAAAACCACCUCAAGACAAAUAUCAAAAUCUCAAAACGCCAGAGGAAACCCCCAAGGCUGAGGCCUUAGUUGCUGGCCCCUUGGAACACAAUCAAGGCAACAGCAUUGAAGGUGCGGUUAAAAAUGCUGGCGAAAACGCCGAAGAUGUUACCGAAAGACCUCUCAAAUAUUAUUACUCCAAUAAAUAUCGCCAGCAGACUGGUGAACACAAUCUGGCCGAUGGCUUACAAAAUGCCGGCUAUAUAACCUCCACCUCUAAAAGCAAUUCUUUAAAAGCCUCUUCUGUGUUGGAGCAGUUAAAGCUCUUCCUCAGUGGUGACAGUGAAGAGGAUAGUGAAAGUAGCUCACCCCAAUUUGUCAAUGGGGAUUUUCGGGAACCCGAAAUAAAGGCAGCGGUAGAAGAGAUCAAAAAUCUAUAUGCCUCAACGACGGGACAGCGACAGACGUCUACAUCAACGACGACUACAACGACAACGACGACUACUACACUGAGACCUACCACUGCAGCCAGACCAACAACAUUAGCUUACACUAGCCAUAAUCCAAACACUAAACGUGACCAAGAACAACAAAAACAACAACAACAACAGCCAACACACUACACAACCACAGAACCCUCUAGCCCCAGCACUACUCAGACACCCUACCCUUCGGCCCAGUUUAGAUUAACACCAACAAAAACCUCUGCAACAGCCACAACGCCUAAAUACUAUCCCAAAUUUCCAUCCCCAACCUUUAGUGUUCAGUCCUCGCCACCCACUACUACUACUACUACUAGCACCACCACCACCACCAAAACUACCACUACAACAUCAACCUCUACCAAUUCCAACUCAAUCACUACCAACAACAACAACAACAACAAGUCCAGCCAUAACCAGCCAUCACAGUCACCAGCUUAUACAGCCAACCAGGCUAAGACAACAGGCCCCAAUGGCUCAGGAUCGGGCGCCAAACAUCACUCCUCUUCCUCCACCUCCACCUUGGCUAGUGCAACGGCUGUCCUACCACCUGCUCGUGUCUCGCGAGUCAAUAGUGCUCUGAAAUCAUCCAUCGCUGCAGCUGCCACUGCCAUACCCUCCUCGCUGAAUGCUAAUAACAAUGCGGCUAGCGGUUCGCCUCAGAGAACUGGCCACAAUAACAAAUUCUCCCUGGGUUCGGCUGUAAAAUGUUCCGAUACAACCUCCAAUGCCAAAUGCAACGAAAUUCCCUCGAGAAUUAAUUCGAACAGCAACAGGAAUCGUGGUAGUUCAUCAUCAUCCAAUUAUAAUCAAGGAGGAGAUCUUGGAACAGCGCCUGUAACCAGCAAUCGUGGAACACAUCCACCACGCACCCGCCCCACAUUGAAACCUUCAGGAACCAUUGUUAGCAAGGCCCAAGAGUUUAUUGACAUUUAUCGCUAUCCCCCAUCACGUCCAGAGCCCCUAUACCCUCAACCUACGCCCGACAAGACAGCUGCCAAGUGUCGCAAGGAUGUAUGCCUAUUGCCAGAUUGCUAUUGUGGCGGUAGAGAUAUACCCGGAGAUCUAAAAGUAAAUGAAGUACCUCAAAUCGUUUUGAUGACAUUCGACGAUGCUGUCUCCACAUUGAACAUUGAUCUCUACGAAGAACUCUUUAACAAUGACACACGUAAAAAUCCCAAUGGUUGUCCCAUAAGAGGUACAUUUUAUGUGUCACACGAAUGGACCGAUUAUGGCAUGGUUCAAGAUUUGUAUGCCGAUGGCCAUGAAAUGGCUUCGCAUACUGUUUCCCACAGUUUUGGUGAACAAUUUUCCCAAAAGAAAUGGACCCGCGAAGUAGCUGGCCAACGUGAAAUCCUCUCAGCCUAUGGUGGUGUCAAACUUUCCGAUGUUAGAGGCAUGCGUGCUCCUUUCCUUUCAGUUGGUGGCAAUAAAAUGUUCAAAAUGUUAUACGACUCGAAUUUCACUUACGAUUCUUCAAUGCCUGUCUAUGAAAAUCGUCCACCCUCAUGGCCCUAUACGUUGGACUAUAAAAUAUUCCACGAUUGUAUGAUUCCUCCUUGUCCGACCAAGAGUUAUCCUGGCGUAUGGCAAGUACCUAUGGUUAUGUGGCAAGAUUUGAAUGGUGGACGUUGUUCCAUGGGUGAUGCUUGUGCCAAUCCCUCUGAUGCUGAAGGUGUAACCAAAAUGAUAAUGAAGAAUUUCGAAAGGCAUUAUACAUCGAACAGAGCUCCUUUCGGUCUAUUCUAUCAUGCUGCUUGGUUCACACAACCUCAUCAUAAAGAAGGUUUCAUCAAAUUCUUGGAUGCUAUCAAUGCCAUGCCUGAUGUUUGGAUUGUCACAAACUGGCAGGCUUUGCAAUGGGUCAGAGAUCCAACACCUUUGUCAAGAAUCAAUUCAUUCCAGCCAUUCCAAUGUGAUUUUUCGGAUCGUCCUAAACGUUGCAACAAUCCUAAGGUGUGUAAUCUGUGGCACAAAUCCGGUGUGCGUUACAUGAAAACGUGCCAGCCAUGUCCCGACAUUUAUCCAUGGACUGGAAAAACGGGUAUACGAUCAUCGCGCAUUGACAAUGACAUUGAAGAUUCGACAGCGUAAAUUUCCAGACAACCAAGCAAAAACUCCUAGAAUAACGCAAGCUAAGAACGAACAAAACAAAACAUCAUAACAAAAAAUUUAUUCAUUGGGAAAAAUAAGCUAAAUUAGUUGGAACUAUUGAAUUGAAUCUAAAUCCCACAGAGAAAAGAGGCACAAAAAUAUAUGAAGAAAAAACAAUAUCCUUUAUCCCACUCCCCCACACAUAAAAAAGAAAGAAACAAACAUAUUCACUCGUUUUCUAUAUGCAUAUAUAUAUAAAAUUUCAUGAGAUCAUCUUCAAUAUUUUUGGCAUUUUAAACAAAACUUAAUGUUUCUAUGAGGCAAAACAAGUAGAAGAACAGACCACAUCGAUGCAACACUCAACUUAAUACUCUCUUUUGAUAUGUAUAAGGCAAUAUUAAGUUAGGCAAGCAAACAUUUAUCUACAACAACAAAAACAAAACAAUUUUAAUUAGUUAAGAAAUUUUUCGUUAGUAAAAUUUUCAUUGUAACUAAGAAGAAACAAAAAUCAGAGAAGAAGCAGAAGUGUAACCGAUUUUAUUAUGAGUUUGAUAUGUUUUCUUUUUGAUUUAUUUUGUUGAAAAAACAAGAAAAUUAUUUAUUUAAAUAUUUUGGUGUUUUUUCUUAUUUUUUCUUAAUUUUAAACAAAAUUAUUUAUUCAAAAUUUGUUAUUUUAUAUUAUUCUAGUAGUUAAAUGAGUUCAUAAUAUUAAAUUUAAAGAAGGAAAAAAAAAACAAAAUUGUAUUUUUUAAGUAUUGUAUUUUGUAGUUUUAAUGUUUUUGUCGUUCUCCCAUUUACUUAGCAGAGGCAUUACUGCCCUCCUCUAUAAAGGGAAAGCAUCAAAAAUAUGGCCACAUUAAAGCGCAAUAUUAGUAUUAAACAAAAAUAAUAUUUUUUUGUUACAAAACAAAACAAAAACAAAACAACAAAUCAAUCAAAAAUUUAGACAAAAUUCAUCUGCACAAUUAUUGUAAUAUACUGCAAACAUUUUUGUUUUUUAAAUUUAAAAUUUUGUUAUACAAUUGUAUUAUAAUAAAUUUUAUUAAGAAUAAAAAAAAAACAAAACAAUAAUAAUAUAAAUAAAAUUAAUUUUGUAUGUCUAAGUUUGUCAUAAAACAUAUACAUAGUAUAGAAUAUGUGAUAAAAGUGAGAAAACCCAUCCUCUAAAAGAAAACAAUCAAUAAUAAAUAACAUAGGUUUAUACAAUACAUCAAAGCACUUUAAAAUUUCCCAUGGUAUAUAAUAAUUACCUUUUUUUCUGUUUUUUUUUAACCAAUUUUCCUCUUAAAAUAUUCAAUAAACUACAUAAGGAUUUCCUAGGACUAUGGCUUUUACAAAUUCCAAAAAAUUGAAUUCGAAAACUAUACGCUUUCAGUUUAAAAUUUAUGAACAAUGUUCUUAAAAUCAAACGCUGAAAACAAAAGUGGUAAAGUAAUACUGAAAAAUAAAAUAAAACAAAUUCGAUCGCUGUAUUCCUUCCACCCUGAAUCUAAAUUCCGCGGUACGACUUCCUAAAAAGUCGCCUAACAUUUGCUACUUAAAAUAGAAUCUUGUGGCUUUCCGACCCAUCUCCAUUUUUUAUUUGUUUAACAAUUGAUUCUUCUUUAGAGCGCAUAACAAGCCGAUUACUGGCUUAGGUGUAUGUCCAUAGUAGCAUGGAGCAGAUUAAUAUCUGCACCCUCUUUUCAACCCAACCUAACCUAGUAUUGAUGUAGGGUUUGUCAUCAACCUUUUGUUGUUAAAGCCACAUUUUCAUGUCCUCAUCAAGCUCUUAUAGGUGAGCAAGCUCAUUCCGGUUUAUAAGACCGAUCGCCGCAUGAGAACAUGAUGGCCAUUGGUUAUUUGACGGCGCCAAUAAAUCGCCUUGUCAAAUCGAGCAUCAUAGGCACUCAAUAUUUAAGCAAGAUCCGGUGCGGCCCAGCCUCUCUCUGAGACUCUCCGCUCGAUUCCGAUGAUUGUCCGCGACUGGCAUUGCAGCUACUCCGUAUGGAGCAUUCCACUAUCCGCAACCUGUGGACGUCCCCGGUAGCUACUAGCUAAGCAAUGGUACACCACACUGACGGAACUCACUGCUCCAGCCUGUCUGAUGCUCACAGCUAUAAGUCCCAGGACCUAUCAACUAUAAACCAUC